GUUUGUUAGCUGACGCGGUGGAGUAGCUGCAACCGUCUACACGAGUGAUUAAUUGUUGAAAUAAACGAAUUACGACGAACAUUACAGUUCUGAAAUGGAUAUACUUAAAGCCGAAAUCGCAAGGAAGAGGAAACUCCUCGAAGAAAAAGAUCUUGUUGACGACUCAAAAAAAUUCUUCAAAAGGGCUGAUCUUGCACGCAAGGAACAAGAAGACUACUUCAGAAGAUGUGGAUAUAAGAUCAAUAAGAAAGAGGAAGAUGAGCCUUCCACCUCAGCUAAUCCAGUGUUAGAACUGGAACUAACAGAGGAAAAGCUGCCAAUGACACUGUCACGACAGGAGGUAAUUCGACGGCUUAGAGAACGGGGGGAACCAAUCCGAUUGUUUGGAGAGUCCGACUAUGAAGCCUUCCAGAGACUCAGGAAAAUUGAGAUUCAGACCCCAGAAGUAAACAAGGGCUUGAGGAAUGACCUGAAAGCAGCCAUGGACAAGAUUGAUCAGCAGUACCUGAAUGAAAUUGUUGGAGGAACAGAGUCAGGAGAAGUGGACACACAGCACGACCUAAAAGUACAUGAAGAAAACACAACUAUAGAAGAACUAGAGGCUCUCGGUAAAACUCUGGGAACAGGAGAUGAUGAUGGAGACCAGGAUGUUAUUCACAAAUGUUUGAGGUUUCUUCUUGGUGUUUGGGCCAAGGAUCUGAACAGCCGAGAGGACCACGUGAAGCGCAGUGUUCAGGGCAAGCUGGCCAGUGCAACACACUCGCAGACUGAGUCUUACCUCAGACCCCUCUUCAGAAAGCUCAGAAAGAAGAGCUUGCCAGCUGACAUCAAAGAGUCUAUCACUGACAUCAUUAAGUUCAUGUUGGAGAGAGAAUAUGUCAAGGCAAAUGAUGCCUAUCUGCAGAUGGCCAUUGGAAAUGCUCCCUGGCCUAUCGGUGUGACCAUGGUGGGUAUCCAUGCCCGUACUGGGCGAGAAAAGAUUUUCUCCAAACACGUGGCGCACGUUCUCAACGAUGAGACGCAGAGAAAAUACAUUCAGGGACUGAAGAGGCUAAUGACUAUUUGUCAGAAACACUUCCCGACUGAUCCAUCAAAGUGUGUGGAGUACAAUGCUCUUUAACUUAUAAUUUUGCUUUAGCCUAUGCCAAGGCUGUCAGGUCCAUUGUAUUACUAUCCACAAUGGGAAUUUUUCACAGCAGCUCAGUCAUGGGUUCUGAUCUGACUGAAUUGUGGUUGUGGCAUAAAUUUCUCAAAAUCUUGUGUACCAGAGGCCUUUAAGUACACAUUCAUUUCCAAUUUAAACAGCAUUGGGGUAAGACCUGUUGUAUACAGUCGGAGUUAUUCUAACUUGUAAAUGUAAGGAAACUAUCUCAGAUUUAGCUGAAUGACACUCAACAUCCCUUCAGUCUUACUAGGCUUGUGAACUACUGGGAAAGCUGAUGCACCUAUCAUGCCAUUAAUUGUUGCAAGUCGUCAGUCCUCCUGAGAAUAUGUGUGCUUAUGGAUGGAGUCAAAACCAUCACUGCAGGAAUAUUAAAAAAAAAAGGGUUUAAUUUUAUUUACUGCUCAUACUCUGGACUGUAAAAUGAUAUUCCUUUUGACCAGUUUUUCAAAGAUUUAUUUUAUGUGGCAAGCAAUGUGCCAUUUGCCAAAGGAAGAUACAGUAGUGUAAGUUUUAUUACACUUGAGAUUCAGUUAGUAACACUUCUUAGGCAUGCUAUAUACAAUGCAGAGUCAGUUUUGUGUGCAUAUUUGAGUUUUCAGCAGACCAUGAAACCAAUCAAUAUCUCUGUACAAUCUCAUUGAGAAAAUAAAGUGUUGUUUUAUUAUACCAGCAACAAUCCUGACAGUUGUUAAUUU